UGUAGAGCGGCUGGGGUCGGCGUCACUUCCGGAGUGUCCGUUUCUGUCGUUUUGUUGUGGAAUGGCGUUGGUGAUGGAGCCCAUCAGACUGGACAGAGAUGUUUCCCGGGCUAUUGAACUGCUGGAGAAGUUACAAAGGAGUGGAGAGGUGCCACCACAGAAGCUGCAGGCUUUGCAAAGGGUACUUCAGAGUGAAUUCUGCAUUGCUGUACGAGAAGUUUACGAGCAUGUUUAUGAAACUGUGGAUAUUAAUAGUAGUCCAGAGGUGAGAGCCAAUGCUACUGCUAAGGCAACAGUGGCAGCAUUUGCUGCCAGUGAAGGUCACUCGCAUCCAAGAGUUGUGGAAUUACCCAAAACUGAUGAAGGGCUAGGAUUCAAUAUCAUGGGUGGUAAGGAACAAAAUUCUCCCAUAUACAUAUCCCGCAUUAUCCCUGCUGGCAUUGCAGAUCGUCAUGGAGGUCUGAAACGUGGGGACCAGCUCCUGUCAGUCAAUGGAGUGAGUGUUGAAGGAGAACACCACGAAAAAGCAGUUGAACUUCUGAAAGCUGCCCAUGGAACAGUUAAAUUAGUCGUCAGAUACACGCCAAAAGUUCUGGAAGAAAUGGAAUCACGGUUUGAGAAAAUGAGGUCAGCAAAACGCAGGCAGCAAAUCAAUUAUUGAUUUUUGUGGUGCUGUGCUCCUGUUAUUUUUCAUGACAGCUGGGAUUUCUUAAUGUUGUACUUGCUAUUGAUGUGACAUGAUCAGUCAGUGUCAUACUCAAAUUAGUUAGUCACACUAACAGUACAUCAUAAGAAUGCAUUUUUGCUUAUUAAUCCAGUGUUAAAUUUACAGUGAAGUCAGUUUAAAUCUGUUUCAAGUAUUCAUAUUUCUAAUUCAAAGAAUUAUUACUUUUCCUAAUUUGCAAAUGCUGAAAACCUCAGUUGAUGGUGUGACAUCAGGAACAGGAGUUUCCUUUGUCACUUGUUUUUGUGUAAUUGAGGCAAACUCUACCCCUUUGGUGCAACUACAACAAUGAAAAUUAAGAGUUAGAAAAUGAGUAUCUGCUUCAGAAUUAGGUAGCUGAUAUGGAUAUAGUUAGACAGCAGUUAUGCUCUUCCAUUUAAUUGUUAUUAAACUGGAGUCUGACCACCAAAUAAGUCCUGCAAUUACUCAUUUUUGUCCAUAUCCUAAUCCAUAAAUGCUUACUCAUCAGAACAAGACUAUAACUUGGGAAAUUCAGGAAUAGGGUUGCUUGAACUGUUAGUCUCACUUUGCUGCAACAGUCCAUGUGAUUUCCCUAGUUAAGUUCAGCACUGGCCAGUUAAACCAUCAAAAAAUGAGGGUAAACAAAAGAAUAAAAAUAAGAUUCCUCAUAUUUUCUUUUCAAAUUAGUUGAUGCUCUGCACUAAUGGUGAGGCUUGCUCUUCAAAAUAGCUAACCUGUCCAUGUUACACAUAACUUUGUCAAAUAAGUACCGUGCUGUUAUGUUACUUAUCCCAGAAGAGAUACAUUCCUUUCAGUAACUGAACUGUGUUGUUCAGAUCUUCAUUCCAGUAAAAUAGGUAACAGAAGUCAAUGAGUUAGUCUAAAACAAAUAAUGCAUGAUUGGACCACAUCUUAUUGCUGGUAACUGCCCAGUACUUAUCAUUUCAACACUACUUCCUAGGAGUAAAAGAUAAAUUGACUUGACUUCAAGCCUGAUUUACUUUUUUUAAGCACACUGUUCUGAGCUCAAAACUAAUAGCAUCCAGUCAUGUUACUUUGGCCUGACCAAAGUGCAUGCAAUUUAUGGGCAAGUUUUAAGUGGGAAAUCGAAAUCAUUCUUAGCUUAUUUUUACAUUAAAUUGUUUCUGCCUCCAAACUCAUGUCUCCACAAUAAAAUGGCAAUUAGACUACUAACUUGUUAACUGAAACGGAAUAAACUUUUAUAUAAGGCUUCUAUUAAUUCUUUGCUUCAGAUUUUCUACCACUUUCAAAGCCAGUAAUUUUUACAGAACAAUUUUUUGUAUUUGGACAGCUGAAUUUUUGUACUGGUUUUUAUAUUUAAAAGGGGCAAUUCAGGAGCAUAAAAAUGCAUAUAAACCCAUAUUAGAACCUUAAGUCAUCAGUCAAUCACCUGAAACCAAAAAAGGAACCACUUGAUCCUAUGAAAAUCUUCAAACUUGUUAGAAUUUGGUGGUCAUAAAUAUCUCAUGGUGAUAGAAACUGAAGCAAAUCUCCAAUGUGUUUUGUUUUGUAUGAGCAGCUAGUUACAUAAAAGAAGCCUUUUUUUCUAGUACUGCUACCUAUUGGUUUGUUUUGACUUACCUAGUACUACACUAAGUGCAAAUGGUUUUGUAUUUAUUCACUUACAAAAUGUUUUGUUUCCAAUUUAUCCACAUAACUGGACUAUGUCAAUUAAUUAGAGUAUUAUACAGCUGAUUGUAAGAGAACCUUGUAAUAUUUUUAAGAUUUUGCUAGUCAGAAAUGUGCUUUUUUGUCCUGCAGCUUUGUUGUUUCAUGCUCUGCUGUGUAAUGAUAUGCCUGUGUUCUAUAUGUGUUUAAAUAGAAAUCAGAUUGGACAUUGUUGAUGUUCAUGAUUGUUCCUUUUGACCGAAUGUUUGUCUUGUUUGCCUAAAUUGUUUAUCUGUUCCUGAGCAGUGCAAUCCUUUAAAUCCAAGAACCUACAUGUCAGUGUGGUUAUAUGGGAAGUGAACAACUCAUUAAUAUCUCUCAGCUUUUCACAACUUUUACUGAAUUUUAACGAUGGAGGUUUUUUAUUCUUGCUGCCAUUCAAAGAAAAAAAAACCACAGAUUUGACUCAGGCCAAGGUUGGAUUUAGAAAGUCUUCAGCCUGUUUAUUGUACAAUAUUUUUACUGGAAUCUCUUCCAAUCAUGUUUUAUUGUUGAAAUGUUGUUUGUCACAGUUGUAUUUCUAUUCGAAAGUCUCAUUUUCUGGCACCAAUGUUGUGUGAAGACUUAACUUACUGCAGGCACAGCCAUUGCACUUUGAUUUAAAACACACUUUUUUGUGUAUUUGAAGACACUUUCAAAAUCUGGCACCAAAUGUUAAAAAUCAAAUAUGAAAGGAAUAGAAUUUGUUACCAGUUGCUUUAGUCACCUGAGCCAGAUCAAAUCUGUGGAGCCCUAAUUGUGUUACAAAGAUGCCUAUUUGCUAUGAGACACUCCUAGAGGAGAAAAAUUAGUAAAGUGUUUUUUAAACUAUUGCCUCAAAUUUAUUUGGUUAAUUGUGUCAUCCUUAAAGUCGUUUUAUAAAUACGCUUUUAGAAUUAACUAUCAGCACUGAAGCGAAAUAAAACACCUGAUAUAAGUGAGUGAAAUGAUACUGAGACCCAAAGAGCAGCUUAUAGUGAUUGAAACCCAAAAAAAUUGAAUGAAUUUUUUUGUAUCUGUAUAAUAUAUACUUUCCAAAAGGUAGAUCCACCUUGCACUGGGGUUCUAAUUUGUAACCAGUUAAGAUCCAGUAGCUUUAUUUUAAUCUGAUCUUUGUCUAUUUUGUUUUGUGUAUGUUGAAAUUUGUACUUAAAAUAAAAUUAUAUAUGUAAUAGUA